AUGUUACUUCGUGGAUACUACAAGGAGGCUAUCAGUACAGUUGCACCAAUCGCACUUAUUGCCGUGUCGCUGAACAAUGCAGCAAUCCGGAAGCAAGCACCAUUUCGGUUCUGCUGGCUGGAUACCCCGUUCCAAAAAGCGCCGGCUACUCUUUUCAUUGCCCUCAAUGCUCAGUCAUCUUGCGAAAGGAUUUAUUGGACGGAGGCUCCACCAGCUCAUCGCAUACAGUUGUGUUCAGUUUGGCAAACAACUAUUCAAACAAACGCUGAAGCAAUUGCUGUUCCAUGUCACAGCACAGAAUCACCGAGAUCUGACGGUAUGAAAGGGCUAGUAUGGGGACAACGUGCCAUCAGCUCUACUGGGUCAAAAGAGAGCAUGUUAAAUUUUUCAAGGAUUCAGGGUACUGGUUUCCGAGACCAAUUUGGUGAUGAUAGCGAUGACCUGCUGGAAUUUCUGGUGGAUCACUUCCACCAUGACGCGUCAAAAAACUUGGGGGGAGUUGAGCAGCACCGCCUUGAAGGUGCUUCACAAGCUUCGAGCUCCGAAUGA